AUGGAGAAGAUAAACAGCAAGAACUGCCUAAAGUCCACCUUCUCGGAGCGUCACGACGCUUUGUUUCGUGAAGCCGAAGAAUUUGCUCCUGGCAGCCUGCCCUACGCCUAUGGAAUCCCCUCUGUGAACAAGGUCUUGGAUCGCUUUCUUGGUGAAGGAACUUCAUCUAAACGUCAUGAUGAUGAUAAUGAUGAUGGUAAUGAUGACGAUGACGAUGAUGAUGGCGACGAAGACUUGGAACGCAAGAAAGAGAGAGAAAGUGGAAGAGAUCAAGCUGUUGUUGCCUGCGCCACAUAA